UUGAGUCGUACUUUUCUGCCAGACGAGAAUUAUUCCUGACUGGGAGAUUAGAUUGCAACUUAUUCCUGCCAGAGACACCAGACCUUUAAAAUUGUUCUUGGCAAGGAACAAGAGACCUUUGAAAUUCUUCCUGUCACACGCCUGCCAUGAAUUGGGUGGGUGGGGUGCGUCGUCGAGUGCUCCAGAGGGAUGAGGUGCAGCGCCGCCAAGAUCUCUUUUUUGCAGCCCAUGCCCUCCCAGCCCAACAGUCUGCUAGCAGAAACACCUUACAAGUACCAGCAGAGGGAUCCCAAGCUAGUGGCAGUACCCAUUCCAUGGCAAGGCUUUCAUCAGGAUCUCUGGCUGGCAGGACCAGGAUUAGUCCCCGCAAGUGGAGGAAUGAUGACCUGGUGUGUGAGAGGCUUAAACGAGGGCAGGGGUGGAAUAAUUUCUCCAACUUCUUGCAAAAAAAGAAGCAGAGUGAAACACAGGACAGUCAUGUCACUGACCUGCAGCCUGGUAGGAAGGGUCACACUAAAGCUGCCAAGAAGGCCUCCAAAACUUCCCUCCCUCCUGUGCGUCCUGCCUCCAUACAUGGCCCCUUCUCUCGAUACUUACUCAAGUUGGAACUCCAGUCUGUUGGGCUGAAAUUGGAUGAAGAAGAAAAAUUACGUUCAUCUGAGAAGCAGGGGCCUCAGAGUAGGGCCAAAGGGCAGAAAAAGGAGAGGGACAAUAGAGAUGGAAGGCUGGCCAGGAAAAGCACCGCACCUGACAGAAGCAGAGAUAAAAUCAGUAAACAACCUUUAAGUCAAGAUGAAACUGCAAAAGAUAACCCUGAACUUCAAGAUACCAGAACAAGUAAGAAACACACCAGCAGCAAGGACAUUGCUUUUCACCUUACACUUAAAACAUCGAAGAGCAACGUACUAAAACACUGUGAUGAAGGCAAUACUGACCACUGGGAUAAGGAAGUCAGAAGGAGAGGCUAUCUAAAUAAUAUACCAAAGGAAAGAAAUAAACACCUUAGCAGGAAAACCCCCAAGAGUACUCAAUCUUGUAAAGCACAGAGAAUAACAGGACACACUUCUGGAAAUGUCUAUGGCAGUCAAGCAAAUGUUCAAACUAAAAGGAAAAAUAUUACAGAUUCUUCACCUGAAAAUACAGUGCAUAAAGAAGAACAUCAGUGUAAUACCAUAAAUGCCAAAGCUUACACAGCAAAUUCCAAAGAGUAUGUAGAAGCAAAUAAAAGCUUGAAAAACUCUGAUUGGAGGCAACAGGAACAAAAGUCAAAUAAAAGAGACAAGGAAGGAAAGCACAGUAAGAGGACACGCAAAGCUUCUAGUUUACUUGAUGGAGCUCCUCGGCUAAGACAGGUCCUCUCUCUCACUCCAGAGCGUCAUAAGGGCAGAAUCUGGGCUCCUCUGUACUUACCCAAUACUGAAAGUCCCUCAAAAGGAAAGCAAAACAUGGCUAAAAAUGUUAAUCAGGUGAACACAGACAAUGGACAAGAAAAACAGAAGGUCACUGACUCCAGAGAGAAAUAUAGAACAUUACAUAAGCCUAGCACGAGUAAGAUACAAAGAGAAUGGGAGGAAGCUCGUCUGGCAAUGCUCCUUGGUACACAGUUCAAGAGUUCCUCAAAUAAUGACAAAGAUAAGCAGGAAGAUGAAAAUAAUGUAGAAAGUAAUAACACUGCAGAAAUAAGGAGUGAUUACCAGUUAACACAAAACUCUUUAAAUCCUCCAUCCCCAUAUGACAAAGCUGAUAAAGCUGGAGAGAAUCAUAUGUCAUUUUACUCACCAGAUACUCAGCAAGCAAACAGAGAAAUUCCAGAUACCAGAGUAAGUGAGACUCCAAAGAGAGAUGACCAUGACAGCCAAAGACCCAAACUGAGCAGUUACACCCGCACAAUUUACAAGAUUGAGAGUGGACUGAGUUUUGCACGUGAGAGGAAGGACAAGACUCCCUACCUUGACAGGAGUUUUGGCACUCCCUGGCUAGGUGGUCCCAUAUUUGACACCUCUGGGAGCAGCUUUUCUUCAUCCAAGACCCCAACUGACCCAACAUUAGAAAGAUCUUGUGAAGAUCCUAUUGGGAGUCAAGGAACAGAGUUACAUCUCAACACUACUGUACGUUCCAUCAUCACUGCUCACUAUCAAGACCAGGGGAAAGAAAUAGAUGAGACUCAAGCCACCAUAAAGGAAUCUGGCAUUAAUCAAAGCCAAAAUCAUCUAUUCAAUAGACAAUAUAUUUCAAAAGAGGCUUGCAGUCCUCUUCUAGUUUUAGGUGGAUAUGAAAAUGUUAAACACAAUGGAGGGACCUGGAUGGUAUAUGAGAGAUAUGCUGACUUAGUCACUGAUCCUCACCAACUGGUCACACACCACAUCUGUGAUGAAAAUAAGAGCCUGGAUUCAUUGUACUCUGACUCACAUAAUUCUCACUGGCUUGGAGCACAUGAGAACAAAACACUACAAACACAACACCAAUUUGCUUGUCAAUAUGAAGGUAGCACUGAAGGAACCACGGACUCUACAAACCCUUCAGCAACUCACACUCAGGUGCCCUUAAACAAUGUAAGCUACAGACAUUAUGGUAGCAACAGUACUCAAAGUCAAGUAAUGAUUGAAAAUGGGAAUUUUCUUGAAUCAAAUGAAAUGUUAAACUAUUUUGACCAUUCUAGUGGUACAGUCUCAUCACAGGCAGAACUACAUCCAGUCAGUAUACCAACAAGGCACUUUAUAGCAGAGUGCAACACAAACCAGGAUUUAUCAAUAAGCAUGUUACAACACCCAUUAGUAGACAAACCACUAGCAUACAACCCUAAUAGGCAAUAUUCAGAGGCUCCAACAUUCAAUUCUUCUUCAAGAAAAUGGCAGCAUGACAGUGUAAAAUAUGAAGACAGUUUCAUGCAUUACAAGGAUUAUUCAGGACUUGACAAUUUAAGACAAGCUGUAAUUGAUGCGAGGUACCAGCAACACCUGAGACAUGACAUCAUAGGAAGCUUUCAUGGUGGGAACCUUGCAUACAGUGGGGAGGCAAACACUGGUUCUUACCAAUCAGGUGAUACCCUUCUCUAAUCUUUGUCAAAUGCAUGUGAAAGUUUAUGAGAGACAAUAUCUUUCUAGGAAUCAAAUAAUUUCUGCUUACAGUAAAUGGGUAAAUGUCAGAACUCACCAGUCCAAUAAAGAGUAUACAUUUUUUAUCUUGCACAGCUUCAGUCAUCCCCUGUUAUUUGCAAACAUCUGAUUCACAUUAGAACACACAGCAGGGACCUCAGCAUCCCUGAACAGACAGGCAAGUAACACUGAGUUUGCUGAAAAACAAAUGAGAAAAUAGGAAUGAGAUCGCUUCUUUUCACUGUUUAGUAAUGAAAACUUGUAAAGGAUAUCGCAGUCAUUAAGUAACAGCUUUUAAUAUAACUAGCCCUUUUCUAGAUCUGCACAGUGGGGUGAAAAGGAAAACAAAGGAAUUGGAUACAAGGAAAAGCUAUUUAGAAAUAUAAAUGGUAAU